AUGGCAGAACCCGGUGCUCCACUCCCGCCAGGGUCGUUCGACACCAGAGUGCCAACAGUCAUCGCCGUCGUUGCCAUUACUCUCACCGUGGCCACGGCGGCGGUCGGGCUCCGGAUAUACACGCGAAAAUACAUCAUCAACAACAUGGGAUUUGAUGACUACUUUGCCAUCUUUGCGCUGUUGCUCGCUUAUGGAACCGGCGUCGCCAUCGGCUGCAUGACCAAGUUUGGACUAGGCAAGCACAUAUGGAUGGUGGACAUUCCCGUCAUGCUUCCUCUCUACCGUCGGGCAUUCUACGUUUCCAUCGUCAUGUAUUGCGGCGGCCUGUUCGCCAUCAAGAUGACCUUCCUGCUCCAGUACUACCGAGUCUUUGCCGUGCAGCGGAUGAGAAUCGUAUUUAUCGCCACGACGGCCCUCGUCGGCGCAUGGAGCAUCUCGCAGCUGCUCAUCGGCAUCUUCAUCUGCAAACCGAUCCGCGGGUUCUGGGACUCGAGUAUCCCGUCAAAGUGCGUGCCCAACUACCCGCAGUUCUACAUCAACGCCGCCGGCAACAUCGCCACCGACAUCGUCGUCUUCGCCCUGCCCCUGCCACUUCUGUGGAAGCUCAACCUGGGGAAACCGCAGAGGAUUAUGCUCGUGGGGAUUUUUAGCCUCGGCUUCUUCACCGUGGCAAUUUCCGUCCUCCGCAUAAAAUACCUAAAGCUCUCCGAGGACGCAACAUGGGACAACGUCGAGUCAUCCAGCUGGUCCAUCGCCGAGCUCAGCUCGGGCAUCACCUGCGCCUGCCUCCCGACCCUACGGCCCUUCCUGUCGCGCCACUUCCCCGCCCUGGGCUCGCGCCUCGACACCGCCCCGACGACCCACGGCUACCACAGACAAGGAGACGGGCCCCGCAGCAGCAAGUCGGCUGCCAACGACGUCGAGCUCGCGGGCGGCCGCACCAGCGACUCGGCCGGGUCGAGGGACGGAUUGUAUCGGUCGGUCACGCCCGCGUCGAGCAAGGACGUGCACUAUGGGUUCACACGGGAGAACUCGGCUGAGGGUAUAAUUGGUGGUCUCGAGGCCCCGGAGAAGGCUGGGUUCAGGUUGACUGUCAAGGCGAGGGUCGAGGCGGGAGGGAGGUCGGCGUUGAGGCGGCCUGAGGAGGGCCGCCAGCACAGUGGGAGCGGGAUUCGGGUGCAGAGGUCUGUGUAUCAGACUAGGCAGGAGAGGGGGCCUGAUCGAUAG